AUGGGGGACACAGAGGGAGAUGGUUCAGCCGAUUCCUACACUAGUCGACCCUCUGAUUCCGACCUGUCCCUGGAGGAGGACCAGGAGGCGUCUCGGCGUGAAGCCGAGCGCCAGGCUCAGCUGCAGCUGGAGAGAGCCAAGUCUAAACCAGUAGCAUUUGCAGUCAAAACCAAUGUGAGUUACUGUGGAGCCCUUGAUGAAGAUUGUCCGGUCCAAGGUGCUGCAAUUAACUUUGAAACCAAAGACUUUCUGCACAUAAAAGAGAAAUACAACAAUGAUUGGUGGAUUGGUCGACUGGUGAAGGAAGGGGCAGACAUCACUUUCAUCCCGAGCCCAGUCAAACUGGAAGCAAUGAGGAUAAAACAAGAGCAGAAAGCAGCAGCAAGGAAAGGAGGCAACGCAUCAUCCGGAGGCUGGAGGUCCACCCCACCAUCUGCAGCCAAACAGAAGCAGAAACAGACCGAACAUGUUCCUCCAUAUGAUGUGGUUCCUUCUAUGCGGCCAGUGGUGCUGGUGGGCCCAUCGCUGAAAGGAUAUGAGGUAACAGACAUGAUGCAGAAAGCCUUGUUCGACUUCCUAAAGCACAGAUUUGAUGGCAGGAUUUCUAUUACACGGGUGACUGCUGAUCUGUCACUGGCGAAGCGCUCAGUGCUCAACAAGAAGGCCAUAAUGGAGAGAUCCAACACACGCUCCAGUCUCGCUGAGGUCCAGAGUGAGAUAGAGAGGAUCUUUGAGCUGGCCAAGUCUCUUCAACUGGUCGUCCUGGAUGCAGACACCAUCAACCACCCAGCACAGCUCCUCAAAACUUCUCUGGCGCCCAUCAUCGUCUACGUCAAAGUGUCCUCACCUAAAGUUCUUCAGAGGCUGAUCAAAUCUCGAGGGAAGUCACAAAGCAAACACCUCAACGUUCAGAUGAUGGCAGGGGACAAGCUAGCUCAGUGCCCACCUGAGAUGUUUGAUGUGAUCCUGGAUGAGAACCAGCUGGACGAUGCAUGUGAACACCUUGCAGAGUACCUGGAAAUUUACUGGCGGGCUACGCAUCUCCCCUGUGCUGCCCCUGUCAACCCCUUACUGGACCAAAGCGUGAUCACCCCACCCUCAGCUAACUCCAGCCAACAGGAGCAGCAUGUGCUGUCGGCUGGGGUCAGACUAGAAGUCAUAGAGCACAGGGACCAGGGUGCCACCAGGGGGCAGCAGCAGCCCUCAUCUCUCCUGAGCCAGCCACCACCUUCUCUGCACCCUGGGGCGAAGGCGAGAACAAGAGCAGAGUCCCUCGAGAGGGAAAGAGCAGAAGGCUGGUGAUCUGGAGGAAGAGGAGAGACAAAAACAGGGAGAAGAGCAGGAGGAGGAGGAAGAUUUGACCAGCACCCUAACAGAUAGAGGAGCCUCCACCUCACUGCUGCCCCCUCGGCGAGAGCUCCCUGCUCCCACCGCCACGCGAC